CAACCUCCACCCCCCUCCCUUCCUUCUCUCUCUCUCUCCCAUUUGCUUUGGGGUUUCGCCUCUCUCUCUCUCUGUAUCAGACCUCUCCGCCUCUGCUCGUCUCUCUCUCUCUCUCUCUCUCUCUCCGCACAGUCAAAGCUUCGGAUGUGUAUGCGUCCGCCUCCUUCCGCGCCUCCUCGUCCCGCUCUCCCAUUCCUCAGCGGUUGAGUGAGAGCCUCGGUUGAGGUCAGAUGGCAGCCCUAAGAUCGAGCUUGCCGUCUCGUCUCCGGCAGCUCCUGUCUGGUGAAACUGCCGUCGGUCCCUCCAUCAGACUUGAUUCCGAGACUCCUCCUAAAGUUAAAGCUUUCAUUGACAAGGUCAUCCAGAGUCCUCUGCAAGAUAUAGCGAUACCUCUUUCUGGUUUUCGCUGGGAAUAUGAUAAGGGAAAUUUCCAUCAUUGGAGGCCACUAUUUCUUCAUUUUGAGGCAUACUUCAAGACUUACGUGUCAUGUAGGAAGGACCUGCUUUUGUCAGAUAAAUUAACAGAGGAUGAUAGUCCAUUCCCAAAACAUGCAGUUUUACAGAUUUUGCGAGUGAUGCAGAUAAUAUUAGAGAAUUGUCAUAACAAGAGCUCAUUCGAUGGGUUAGAGCAUUUCAAGCUCCUACUAUCAUCCACAGAUCCAGAAAUUCUGAUAGCAUCAUUGGAGACUUUAUCUGCACUUGUGAAAAUAACUAAGCUGCAUGGGGGUGGAAAGUCAAUUGGAUGUGGAGCAGUGAAUAGCUAUCUUCUUUCUUUGGCACAAGGCUGGGGAAGCAAGGAAGAAGGAUUGGGUUUGUAUUCAUGUGUUGUUGCAAAUGAGAAGACCGAAGAAGGACUAUCUUUGUUCCCGUCGGAACAGGAUAAGGAAGGUGAUAAUUCUCACUUUCGGCUGGGUUCGACCCUCUAUUUUGAGCUGAAUGGAGUGAGUGGGCAAAGUGAAGAAUCCAGUGCUCCAGCACAAGCUUCUACUUCGAGAGUUAUACACAUGCCAGAUCUUCAUCUGCGGAAGGAGGAUGAUCUUGUCAUUAUGAAACAAUGCAUUGAGCAGUACAAUGUGCCUCCUGAUCUUAGAUUUCCAUUGCUUACUAGAAUCAGAUAUGCUCAUGCAUUUCGUUCUGCCAGAACGUGCAGGCUGUACAGUAGGAUUUCGCUUUUUGCUUUCAUCGUGCUUGUUCAAUCCAGUGAUGCUCAUGAAGAACUGACAUCAUUCUUUGCAAAUGAGCCCGAGUAUACAAAUGAACUGAUUAGAAUUGUGCGGUCUGAAGAUUCUAUUCCAGGAACUAUUCGUACACUUGCGAUGCUGGCUCUGGGUGCUCAAUUAGCUGCCUACAUAUCGUCUCAUGAACGUGCGCGGAUUUUAAGUGGAUCAAGCCUUAGUUUCACUGCAACAAACCGCACUAUUCUCUUGAAUGUGCUUCAGAAGGCUGUGGUAUCUCUAAAGAAUUCCAGUGAUCCAUCAUCACUUGCUUUUGUGGAAGCACUUCUUCAAUUCUAUGUUCUUCAUAUUGUGUCGUCUUCAACUUCUGGUAACAAUCUUAGGGGUUGGGGGAUGCUUCCCACAUUUUUACCACUCCUGGAAGAUUCAGAUCCUGGCCACUUGCAUCUUGUUUGUUUUGCUGUGAAGACCAUUCAAAAGCUUAUGGAUUACAGUAGUUCAGCAGUUUCUCACUUCAGGGAGCUGGGUGGGGUUGAGCUUUUAGUUCAGAGAUUGCAGCUAGAAGUUCAUAGAGUCAUCGGUUUGUCUGUAGAUGUUGGUGCCCCACCUGUUGGUGAAAGUUCAAGAAGCAAUGAAGAUCUGUUGAAUUCACAGAAGAGGCUCAUUAAAGUCUCUUUGAAGGCACUUGGAUCUGCUACAUACUCACCAUCAAAUCCUAGUAGGUCCCAGAAUUCUCAAGAAAGUGUCCUGGCAUCCACCUUGUCACUUAUUUUUCAGAAUAUAGAGAAAUUUGGUGGUGACAUUUAUCACUCAGCUGUGACCCUUAUGAGUGAAAUCAUUCACAAAGAUCCUACCUGUUUACCCGCUUUGUUCGAAAUGGGUCUUCCAGAUGCUUUUUUAGCUUCAGUUGUGGCCGGUGUUCUUCCUUCUGCAAAGGCUCUUACCUGUGUCCCUAAUGGGCUUGGUGCAAUCUGUCUUAACACGAGAGGUGUUGAUGCAGUUAAGGAAACUUCAGCCCUACGUUUCCUUGUCAACAUAUUUACCAGUAAGAAGUAUGUUGUGGCAAUGAAUGAAGCUAUUGUUCCUUUGGCAAAUGCUUUGGAAGAACUCCUUCGCCAUGUAUCAUCUGUGAGAAGCGAUGGAGUUGAUAUAAUUGUGGAGAUUGUUGAAAAAAUUUCUUCGAUCAGUGAAACUAAUGGGACAGGGACUUCUGGCAACGUCGAUGGGAGUACAGCAAUGGACAUGGAUUCUGAAGAUAAGGAAAAUGCCUCCGGAUGCAGUCUGGCUGGUUGUGUGGAUUCAACUGCUGAACGCAUUGGUGACGAGCAAUUUAUUCAACUGUCAGUCUUUCAUCUGAUGGUUUUGGUUCAUAGGACAAUGGAAAACUCAGAAACGUGCCGGUUAUUUGUAGAGAAAUCAGGAAUUGAUGCUUUACUGAAGCUACUAUUGAGGCCUAGCAUUGCCCAGUCGUCUGAAGGGAUGUCCAUUGCCUUACAUAGUACCAUGGUCUUCAAGGGUUUCACUCAACAUCACUCAGCUCCAUUAGCACGUGCCUUCUGCUCUGCCCUGAGAGAGCAUCUUAAAAAAGUGUUGGCUGGUUUUCUUUCUGGUCCUGGGUCCUUUUUGCUUGAUCCCAAGGGGACCCAAGAUGAGGAAAUAUUUUCUGAACUUUCCCUUGUUGAGUUUCUUUUAUUUCUUGCCGCCUCUAAAGACAACCGUUGGGUAGCCGCAUUGCUUCUAGAAUUCGCCAAUGGUAGCAAAGAUGUUCUGGAAGACAUUGGACGUCUCCAACGGGAAGUUAUCUGGCAGAUUGCACUUCUUGAAGAUUCCAAGCUUGAAAAGGAGGAUGAUGUAUCUGGGUCUGUCAUGGAGUCACAUCAAUCAGAGUUCAGUGUGAAUGAAACGGAAGAGCAGACGUUUAACUCCUUCAGGCAACUGUUUGAUCCAAUGAUGAGGAGGAGAUCAUCCGUGGUUGAUAUGCAAAACCAGUUUUUGGAGUUCUUUCAACUUUAUCGCAGUCUUAAUGGUGGCAGCAGUUUCCGUGGUGAAGUCCCUUCAGGCCUGCGCCCUGGAUCUGCGCAUGAAGAGCAUCCUUCUGAUUCUCCAGAUGCUACUUCUAGAAAAGAAUUGGACAAACGCAGAUCUUACUAUGCAUCUUGCUGUGACAUGGUUAGAUCACUUUCUUUUCACAUAACCCAUCUGUUUCAAGAGUUGGGAAAGGUCAUGUUGGUUCCUUCUCGCCGUCGGGAGGAUACUGUUAAUGUGUCUCCAUCGUCAAAAAUAGUUGCCUCGGCUUUUGCUUCCAUUGCUUUGGAACACAUGAAUUUUGGUGGCCAUGUAAAUCCUUCUGGAUCAGAGGCUUCUGUUUCAACCAAGUGCCGCUUCUUUGGUAAGGUUAUCGAGUUCAUUGAUGGUAUUCUGAUGGACAGACCAGAUUCUUGCAGUCCCAUUUUACUAAAUUGCUUGUAUGGCCAUGGGGUAAUUCAGUCAGUUCUGACUACCUUUGAAGCUACCAGUCAGUUGCUCUUUGCAGUUAAUAAAUCUCCUGCUUCUCCCAUGGAGACUGACGACGGUAAUCCAAAGCAAGAUGAAAAGGAAGAUGCUGAUAAAUUGUGGAUUUAUGGUCCUUUGGCGAGCUAUGGUAAACUUAUGGACCACCUGGUGACAUCAUCCAACAUUUUGACUCCUUUUACUAAGCACUUGCUUAUUCAGCCGUUGGCAAAUGUCGAUGUUCCUUUUCCGCGGGAUGCUGAGACAUUUGUAAAGGUCCUUCAAUCCAUGGUUCUGAAAUCCGUUCUCCCUGUGUGGUCUCAUCCUCAGUUCACUGACUGCAGCUAUGAUUUCAUUACAACUGCUAUUUCCAUCAUCAAACACGUUUUUUCGGGAGUUGAAGUAAAGAAUGUUAGUAGCAAUAUCAGCUCGCGCAUUACCGGUCCGCCUCCAAAUGAGACAACCAUUUUGACUAUUGUAGAGAUGGGCUUUUCACGAUCUAGGGCUGAAGAAGCUUUGCGACAAGUUGGCUCAAAUAGUGUGGAGCUUGCAAUGGAGUGGUUACUUUCUCAUCCAGAGGAAGCUCAGGAGGAUGAUGAACUAGCUCGUGCACUUGCCAUGUCUCUUGGGAAUUCUGAACAGGACUCGGGGGAAGAUAGUUCGAAUGCUCAUGGUCAGCAUCUUGAGGUGGAGUUGGUACACCUUCCGGUUGUGGAGGAGUUGCUAGCAACAUGUGUGAAGCUUCUAGAGAUGAAGGAUUCAUUGGCUUUUCCUGUUCAUGACCUUCUCAUGACGAUCUGUUCCCACAAAGAUGGCCAAUGCAGAUCCACUGUCAUCUCAUUCAUCAUUGGCAAAUUGAAGGAUUGCAGUUUGGCUUCUGACAGCAGACAUAUCACCUUGCUCUCGGCCCUUUUCCAUGUUCUUGCUUUAGUUCUGCAUGAGGAUGUUAUGGCCCGAGAAAUUGCGUCAGGGAGUGGUCUUGUAGAACUUGCUUCAGAUCUGCUGUCAAAGUGGAUUUCUGUUUCAGGUGACAGGGAUAAAGGUGAUGUUCCAAAGUGGGUGACCGCAGCUUUUCUCGCUGUUGAUAGACUUCUACAGGCAGAUCACAAGUUGAACACGGAAAUUCUUGACCAGUUGAAGCGGCAUGAUGGCUCGUCUAUAAGUAUUGAUGAGGAUAAGAAAAUCAAGUUGCAGUCAGCAUUGGGGUUAUCUCUGAAGCAUAUUGAUGUUCAGCAGCAGAAGAAACUGAUCGAAAUCGCCUGUACUUUUAUUAGAAAUCCACUGCCAUCAGAAACAAUUCAUGCAGUUUUGCAGCUGUGUGCUACUCUCACAAGAAAUCACUCUGUCGCUGUUAACUUUUUAGAUGCGGGAGGUCUGAGUUCGCUUCUUUCUUUGCCCACAAGUAGCCUUUUCCCAGGUUUUGAUAAUGUUGCUGCUACUAUUAUCUGUCAUGUGCUUGAAGAUCCCAAUACUCUCCAGCAAGCAAUGGAAUCUGAGAUAAGGCACAGCCUUGUGGUUGCUGCUAACAGACAUUCCAAUGGAAGGGUCAGUCCCCGCAAUUUUCUUUUAACUUUGAGUUCUGUUAUUUCGCGGGACCCAGUUAUAUUCAUGGAGGCUGCUCAGGCUGUAUGCCAAGUUGAGAUGGUGGGUGAAAGACCGUAUAUUGUCUUGCUCAAAGAUCGAGAGAAAGAUAAAAUGAAAGAAAAAGAGGAGAAAGCAUCAGAGAAAGAAAAGCUUGCAAGUGAUGGGAAGGUUUCUCUAGGUUCUACAAAUGCCGGAGGCCAUGGAAAUGGGCAUGGCAGGGUAACUGAUUCUAAUUCCAAGAAUGCAAAAAUGCAUCGAAAGUAUCCUCACAGCUUCACUGUUGUGAUUGAGCUUCUCUUGGAUUCAGUCAUUGCUUUUGAACCUCCACUUUCUGAUGAGAAUACUCCAUCAACUUCAGACAUGGACAUAGAUGUUGCUGCAGUUAAGGAUAAAGGGAAAGCCAUUGCGAGUGUUUCUGAGGAGCGUGAGACCUCCAGUGCUGAAGCCUCUGCAUCACUUGCAAAAGUUGUAUUUAUAAUGAAACUUUUGACUGAGAUUUUGCUGAUGUAUGCUUCCUCUGUGCAUGUUUUACUCCGGAAAGAUGCUGAAAAUGGCAGCUGCCAGGGUCCUCAUCAGAAAGGUUGUGGGGGGGGUGUUUUCCAUCAUGUUCUCCGUAAGUUUAUUCCCUGCGCUAGAAGUUCCAAGAAGGAAGGAAAGAAAGACGGAGAUUGGAGGCAUAAACUGUCAACUAGAGCAAGCCAAUUUUUGGUUGCUUCUUGUGUGCGCUCUGCAGAGGCAAGGAGGAGGGUUUUCUCGGAAAUCCAUUAUGUGUUUAAUGAUUUUAUCGAAUCAAGUAAGGGAUACAGAUUGCCAGGGAGCGAGUUGCAGGUGUAUGUUGAUCUGCUUAAUGAUGUUCUGACUGGUCGUUCACCUACUGGUUCAUAUAUCUCAUCAGAGGCUUCUGCUACUUUGAUUGAUGUUGGUCUAGUAAGGUCAUUAACCCAGAUUCUGAAAGUGUUAGAUCUGGACCAUGUUGAUUCACCUAAAGUGGCCACAGCACUUAUAAAAGCUCUUGAGCUUGUGUCUAAGGAGUAUGUUCAUUCUGCUGAUUCCAACUUAGGGAAGGGUGAGAAUGCAUCGAAGCCUUCUGACCAUACUCAGCAUGGAAGAGUAGAUAACAGUGGUGAGAUGCCCGAACCUAUGGAAGCAGUAUCUCAAUCAAACAAUGAUGCAAUGGCUGCUGAGAAUGCUGAGUCUUCUAAUAAUCUUCGGAGUUAUGGCGGUUCUGAGGCUGUGACAGAUGAUAUGGAGCAUGACCAGGAUCUUGAUGGAGCCUCUGCUUCAGGUAGUGAGGAUGACUUCAUGCAUGAAACUUCGGGAGACAACAGGGAGCUUCAAAAUGGCAUUGACAAUGCAAGUAUACGAUAUGAUAUCCAGCCUCAUGUGCAGGAGAAUGUUGACGAGGAUGACGAAGAUGAUGAUGAGGAUGAGGAGAUGUCUGGUGAUGAUGAUGGAGAUGAUGUUGACGAGGACGAUGAUGAGGAUGAUGACCACAAUGAUCUUGAGGAAGAGGAAGUUCAUCACCUGCCGCAUCAUGAUACAGAUCAAGAUGAUCAUGAUAUUGAUGACGAUGAUGAUUUUGAUGAAGAGGUCUUGGAGGAGGAUGAUGAAGAUGAGGACGAUGAGGAUGGUGUUAUACUCAGGCUUGAGGAAGGAAUCAAUGGAAUCAAUGUCUUCGAUCAUAUCGAAGUUCUUGGAAGAAAUAACAGUUUUCCCAAUGACUCACUUCACCUCAUGCCAGUGGAAGUUUUUGGUUCCAGGCGUCUACCACGCACAACAUCCAUUUAUAAUCUUUUGGGUAGGACCACUAGUACUGCUCCCCCAUCGAGGCAUCCUCUUUUAAGUAGACCGACUUCACUGCUCUCAUCUUCUCACAGACAGUUGGAGAGUUCGUCUGAUGUAGCAUUCUCUGAUAGAAACAUUGAGACACCCUCAAUGAGGUUGGAUCUGAUCUUCCGAUCAUUGCGAAGUGGACGUCAUGGGCAUCGGUUGAACCUAUGGGUAGAUGAGAAUCAGCAAAUGAGUGGGUCAAGUGCGGCUACAAUACCCCCAGGCUUAGAAGAUGUACUUGUUUCCCAAUUGAGGCGUCCAGCAGCUGAGAAACCUUCUGAGCAGAACAAAGAGAAUGAGCCUAAUAGCAAUGGUGAAUUCAGCCAGCGGCAGGAAUCAGAAUCUGGUGUAAUGCCUGAGGAAGCUGCUGGAGGCCAUGUAAAUGGUGAAGGUGAGGAGGUUGCUCCAUCUGUAGCAACUGAUGCUCCUCGAAAUGAUGAUAUGGGAACUCCAGUGGCAGAUUCUAUCCAAAUAAAUGAUUCAUCUGGAACACGUGCACAAUCUGUUGAUAUGCAGUUUGAACACAAUGAUGCUAUUGUGCGGGAUGUGGAAGCAGUGAGCCAAGAAAGUGGUGGAAGUGGAGGAACUCUUGGUGAAAGUUUACGGAGCUUGGAUGUCGAGAUUGGAAGUGCUGAUGGACAAGAUGAUGGUGGAGAGAGACAGGGUUCUGCAGAUAGGGUUACCUUGACUGAUCCUCAUGCUGCUCGCUCAAGGAGAACAAAUGUAUCUUUUGGAAAUGCUGCAACUGCCACAGGCAGGGACACAUCACUUCACCGGGUAACUGAAGUUCCAGAGAAUUCUGCACGAGAAGGAGAGCAGGAUGGUCAUACGGCGGAGCAACAAAUGACUCCUGAUGCUGGAUCUAUUGAUCCUGCUUUUCUAGAUGCCCUGCCUGAGGAGUUGCGUGCAGAAGUGCUUUCAGCUCAACAAGGUCAAGUGGCUCAGCCUUCAAAUGCUGAGUCCCAAGGUAAUGGAGAUAUUGAUCCAGAGUUUCUGGCUGCUCUUCCUUCAGAUAUCCGUGCAGAAGUAUUAGCACAACAGCAAGCACAGAGGCUUCAGCAAUCUCAGGAACUUGAAGGCCAACCAGUUGAAAUGGACACAGUAUCCAUUAUUGCGACAUUUCCCUCAGAUUUACGAGAAGAGGUUCUUCUGACAUCAUCAGAUGCUAUUUUAGCCAAUCUCACUCCUGCUCUGGUCGCUGAGGCUAACAUGUUGCGUGAAAGAUUUGCUCAUAGAUAUCACAAUCGGACCCUCUUUGGUAUGUAUCCUAGAAAUCGCAGGGGUGAGUCUUCUAGACGAGGUGAAGCUUCUGGAUCCAGUCUUGACAGAGCUGGGGGCAGCAUUGCUUCACGCAGACCCUUUGGGAUGAAACUUGUUGAAGCUGAUGGAGCUCCUCUUGUAGACACUGAAGCUCUCAAAUCUAUGAUCCACCUGUUUCGUGUGGUUCAGCCACUUUACAAAGGUCAGCUCCAGAGGCUUCUCUUAAAUUUAUGUUCUCAUAGUGAGACGAGGACUGCAUUGGUGAAUAUCCUCAUGAAUAUGCUGACGCCUGAUACAAGGAAGCCUGUCAAUCAGCUUAAUGAGGCUGAGGCAUCAUUUCGUCUCUAUGGUUGCCAAAAGAGCGUGAUGUAUUCUCGUCCCCAGUCUUUUGAUGGAGUCCCCCCUUUGGUUUCUCGACGAGUCUUGGAAACCAUGACUUAUCUAGCUAGGAAUCACCUAUAUGUAGCAAAGAUUUUGCUUCAGCUUAGGCUGCCCCAUGCGGUUCCGGUGGGGCCAGAGAAUACUGAUCAGUCACGUGGGAAAGCCAUAAUGCUAAUUGAAGAAAAUAAAAAUCAGCCCCGUGGAGAAUAUUUGCCGAUUGAGCUUCUCUUGAGCCUCUUGAACCAGCCUCUUUACCUGCGGAGUAUAGCUCAUCUUGAACAGCUGCUCAGCUUAUUGGAGGUCAUAAUCGACAAUGCUGAAACCAAAGAAAGUUCACCGGGGAAAUCAGCAGCAUCUGUUGCUGAACCAUCUGGUUCCCAGGUUUCUCUGUCUGAAGCUGAAGUGAAUGCGGAAUCUGGCAGAGUCUCCUCUGCAGCAGGUACCUCGGCCAAUGUGGAUAGGGACAUGAAGAGUUUUAGUGAAAAAGAUGAAACUGAUACUCAGACUGUUCUUCUCAAUUUGCCACAAGGGGAACUUCGACUUCUUUGCUCAUUGCUCGCAAAAGAGGGGUUGUCGGAUAAUGCUUAUGUUCUGGUCGCUGAGGUGAUUAAGAAGUUGGUGAAAGCUGCUCCCACUCAUUGCCAUCUAUUCAUAACUGAGCUGGCUAGCGUGGUUCGGAGUUUGACCAAGUCUGCCAUAGAUGAGCUACAAAUGUUUGGGGAAGCAAUCAAAGCACUCUUGAGUGUUACAUCAUCUGAGGGAUCUGCAAUACUAAGGGUUUUGCAGGCGUUGAGCUCCCUUGUGACCACAUUGAAAGAAAAAGAAAAGGAUCAGAAGGUGGUUGAGGUUCUUCCUGAGAAGGAUUAUUCUGCUGCUCUCUCUCAGGUGUGGGAUAUCAAUGCUGCUUUGGAACCUUUAUGGUUGGAAUUAAGCAAUUGCAUCAGCAGGAUAGAGAGUUAUUCAGAUUCUUCACCCGAGCUGACUUCAUCACGAGCUUCAAAGUCUGUUCCAUCGGGCAUAAUGACUCCUCUCCCUGCUGGCUCUCAGAAUGUUCUGCCCUACAUAGAAUCCUUCUUCGUCGUGGCAGAGAAAUUGCAUCCUGCUCAGACGGGUAGCGGCAACGACUUGAGUAUAGCUGCAGUUCCUGAGCUUGAAGAUGCUACAGCAUCAGGAAGUCAUCGAAAGGCCCCUUUGCCAGCUUCUUCAGCAAAAGUUGAUGAGAAACAAGUUGCUUUUGUCAAGUUCUCGGAGAGGCACAGGAAGCUGCUGAAUGCCUUCAUAAGGCAGAAUCCAGGAUUGCUGGAGAAGUCCUUCUCCCUCUUGCUGAAAGUCCCCCGGUUCAUUGAAUUUGACAACAAACGGGCCCAUUUCAGGUCGAAGAUAAAGCAUCAGCAUGAUCACCAUCACAGCCCUCUGAGGAUCUCUGUGAGAAGGGCUUAUAUUCUCGAAGACUCAUAUAACCAGUUGCGCAUGAGAUCCACUGACGAUCUGAAGGGGCGGCUGACUGUACAUUUUCAGGGUGAGGAAGGUAUAGAUGCGGGUGGACUCACAAGGGAAUGGUAUCAGCUGUUGUCUCGGGUCAUUUUCGACAAGGGAGCAUUGCUAUUCACCACUGUCGGAAAUGAAUCGACUUUUCAACCUAAUCCUAAUUCUGUUUACCAAACUGAGCAUCUUUCGUACUUUAAGUUCGUCGGCCGAGUUGUUGGGAAAGCGCUGUUUGAUGGGCAACUUUUGGAUGUCCACUUCACUCGAUCUUUCUACAAGCAUAUCUUGGGGGUCAAAGUUACCUAUCUUGAUAUUGAGGCAAUUGAUCCUGAUUACUUCAAGAAUUUGAAAUGGAUGCUCGAGAACGAUAUAACGGAUGUCCUGGACCUCACUUUCAGCAUGGAUGCGGAUGAGGAGAAGUUGAUAUUAUACGAGCGAGCAGAGGUUACUGACUAUGAAUUGCUCCCCGGGGGACGAAAUAUCAAAGUCACUGAGGAGAACAAGCAUCAGUAUGUUGAUCUGGUAGCCGAGCAUCGCUUAACAACUGCCAUUCGUCCUCAGAUUAACGCUUUCCUUGAAGGAUUCACUGAGCUGAUUCCUAGGGAGUUGAUAUCUAUCUUCAAUGAUAAAGAACUGGAGUUAUUGAUUAGUGGUCUUCCGGAGAUUGACCUGGACGAUAUGAGGGCAAAUACAGAAUAUUCAGGAUAUAGCGCUGCAUCCCCUGUUAUCCAAUGGUUCUGGGAAGUCGUCCAAGGUUUCAGCAAGGAAGACAAGGCUCGGCUCUUGCAGUUUGUGACUGGCACUUCAAAGGUGCCCUUGGAAGGUUUCAGUGCACUUCAAGGAAUUUCAGGCUCACAGAAGUUCCAGAUCCACAAGGCCUACGGCAGCCCCGAACAUUUACCUUCUGCUCAUACUUGCUUCAAUCAGCUGGAUCUACCAGAGUACCCAUCAAAACAACACCUCGAAGAGAGGCUGCUGCUCGCGAUUCAUGAGGCCAACGAAGGAUUCGGGUUUGGUUAAUCAGACAACAGGAAGCCCGUCUUUUUCAGGAUGGAAGGAAAUAAUUGAUGCACAAUGUAUAUAUUGGCAUUCUCUUAUAUCAUCAUGAUGAGCAAAAGGGAGGAAACUCGUUUCAGAAUUAUGUGGAUGAACGUACAAGGACACACGUUGAUAUACUACUUUCACUGUACAGUUUUUCUUUAUUCUCAACAAUUGCUAUAGAAAAGAAAAAAGGCCUAUGGCAAUUCCCUUUAUA